AUCCGCGAUCCCCAUGCAACAACACCCUCUCAAACGCCCUCUCAAUUGAAUGCAUGGCAUGUCACUUUACCGCGCUUGUGUUUGUUGAACGAUAUCCGGUUCCUUGUGCAUGCUGAUUGACCAAUCCUUCAGGAUCGAUGAGUGCUUCUAGAAAGAGACCCGGCGAUACCGAUGAUGAUGAAGUCGAUGUGCUCAAGGUUGUUGUAGAAGCUAGGGCCAAAGGCGGACACCCGAACAGUACAUAUGACGGCGAGACCAGACCAAAUCGAGAAGAGCACACCAGCUGCAGUCGAUACCCCAAUGGCCCGGCUCACACAAGGCACACAGCUAAUAUGGCAUUACCUGCAUUGGCGAGAGCAGCGCCGCAAAAGAAGGCACCCAACGAAACAGAGGAACAUGAAGGUGACGCGACGAUUCUAAAGGUCGUGGGAGUCAGGGCUAGGGCAGCCAAUCAAGAACUCCAACGAGAAGACGGUGCUCUGUUGGACCAAAGCAACAGCAGAUCUCGUUCUACGACAGUGAGUGAGAUACGCCCAGGGGCUUAUGCAGGAGCCCCCGGUGAGGCUCUGCAGAGAAAUCCGUCGGUGCGAUAUUCUCGCUUGGAACAAGGGAACGACCUCCAGAUGGCUCAAGUUCCGCAACCCCCAGCUGCAUCUAUGGACCCGGAAAUUGGAUCACUGAUGACCAGCCAACAACCACAGCAAGACAAUACCGAUAGAGACUUGACUGAAGCAGAUCCUGUCACGAACGAUGAGCUGCCACAGGCUGUUGAAUGGGAUGAAAGCAAGCGGUCCAAGCGUGGCCUGGCAAUGGACCCAACGAAAUUGGUCCUAUUGGCCUUUUGCGCUCUUUUUGUCCUUACUGGAAUCGUGGUGGCCUAUAUCAUGUUGUCACCUUCCAAGGAAAAGCAUAACAUCGUGGUCACAAACUCCCCCACCCCGACUGACUCGCCGCCAACCCCGUCACCAACACUCUUUACCAGGGAUGUGCGAUUGAAUUUGCUUCUGCCGAAGGACGCGGUAGAUUCAAUCCAACAACCCCCAUCGCCUCAGUCGCAAGCUUACAACUGGACGCUGCGUGACCCAUCCUUCAACUCCUAUCCUGAUGAUCGUCUCCUUCAACGGUUCAUCUUGGCUACCUGGUUCUAUGCCACGGAUGGUCCCUCAUGGUUCAACAACUCCCACUGGCUAUCCUACACAGAACAUGAAUGCCACUGGUUUCAGAAUAGCUUCCCCAUCCACGUUCUCUCUUACCUGCCCUAUGAAUACCCCGAUCCCAUGACAACACCGUGUCGCAACAUGUCAAAUCUAGAUACUGGGUGGCAAUAUGAGCAUCUAUCCUUGGCACAAAAUGGACUCGAUGGGAUUAUUCCCAACGAACUUUUCCUACUGACUUCUCUCAAGAGCAUCGAUUUUGGUUUGAACCUCAACUUGAGGGGCAAGUUAUUGGUUGGUGAUCAAAUCAGUAAACUCUCAAAACUACAGUUCCUGGGAAUAUCCAACACUGCCAUGCAUGGAUCCAUCCCCACAGAAAUUGGUACCCUUACAAAUCUUGUGGAUUUGUCAUUGGCCUUUGAGCAGCUUACUGGUGUCAUCCCCACAGAGAUUGGAAAGCUGACACUACUCAAAUACCUAUCGUCACAUCGGACACAACUGCAAGGGCCACUUCCAUCAGAAAUGGGGCUGCUCUCAAACAUGCUGGCCAUCAAUUUGGGGUCCAAUCAAAUGACUUCAACAAUCCCGACACACCUCUUUUCCUUACAGAAGCUCAUGGCUCUUUUCUUUUAUGAGGCUCAAAUGUCAGGGACAAUUCCCACAGAAAUUGGACUCCUCACAGACAUGGUCCAUUUGUAUAUUGGCCGGAAUAAAUUUGAAGGCACACUGCCUAGUGAACUGGGCUUGUUGGCCAGCUUAGAGGUCUUGACCAUCAACAAUGUCAACAUCACAUCCACCAUUCCAACAACAUUGGGUCAACUGUCACGCUUGUUUGGUCUGAGUUGUUUGGGAACAGGUCUCACAGGGACCAUUCCUUCAGAGAUUGGACUGGUGCCAUUUGUGGGAAGUGACAGCCCAUAUUCUGUCUCUUCUGAAUUUAGAAUUUACCAGUUGGGUCCAUACUUCUCUCUCGUGAAAAACAGCCUCUUGACUGGUCCGAUCCCUUCUGAAGUGGCCAACAUGCGAGGUUUAGAGUGGCUCCAGCUUGUUGACAACCACUUGACUGGAUCGAUAUCGCCUGCACUUAGCCAGUUGGAUAUGAAAAAGUUGGAACUUUAUGGGAACUCCUUUUCUGGGCCACUCCCGUCUGAAAUUGGCUUGUGGGGCAAGUUGUCCCAAUUCAAUGCUUCCAACAAUGGCAUUACCGGGAGCAUUCCAGGAGAAGUAGGUCUGCUGGCAGCGGCAGGAGGCAACCAGUCCACUGUCCUUGAGUAUUUUGAUGUAGCUGGCAACGAUUUGGAAGGUACAGUGCCAUUCGGCUUGUGCACCUUGAAUGACACGCUGUUAUUUGACUGCGGAUCUGGUCUUUGUGGUUGUGAUUGCUCGUGCGCUUGAUUGGGGAAUGCGGUUUGUUUCCAGCAACAAAACACGUUGCUAUAGUUUGUAUCCAUCAUAGCUAUCGUAGUAUCCAAGUCGAUCGUCCAUGAAAACCGCUGCGUGUGCUUCUUUCAUAAACGCCAAACACCAUGUCCAAUUCCAGGCCCACCGCAUUCGCCUACAUCCAACGAUGAACUGCUUCAGCUGUUGUCUCGACCGUCGCUGUACGCGUCAAGUCGGUGUUGUGGAG